AUGGAAGACAAUUCCAGGGACAGAGGAUUAGAGAAUGCAUAUCCACAGAGUAACAGGCAAGCAGAAGUGACCAACAAAGAAAUCAUUAGAGGACUUAAGACUAAACUAGAUCAUGUUGGUGGUAGUUGGGUAGAUGAGUUACCCAGUGUGCUAUGGGCUUAUCACACCACCCCUCGAGAGGCUAUGGGAAUAACCCCAUUUCAGCUAGUAUAUGGUGGGGAAGCAGUAGUCCCCAUUGAGGUGGGGAUAGAAUCUGAUCAUAGACGACUCUAUGAUGAAGAUAAUGAUGGUCGACGUCUUAUGGAACUCGAUCUUAUUGAAGAAGCUCGGGACAAGGCAACAACUCGUCUUACAUCUUAUCGACAGUGA